AACCCUCAUAAAUUGAACCUUUAUUUGAUUUUUCAGUGUCAGUCUAUGCAAAAACUGAUAGAAAAUGGCGAGAACUGCUCUCUUCCACUUGCUUAGAUCUCAAUCCAAGCAACUCCUUUCGAGAAACAUCCAUUCAGGUUAUCCUUAUAGGUUUGCAGUACGGUCUGUCACCCAAUAUGCCAAGCCAAACAUCCACUCUGCAGUGAGCAUUUCCGGUGUCCAGAAAAGAUUGGCUUCUCAGGCUAAGAUAAGUGAGGACGACAACAGAAUCAGCAUAGGUCCUCAAAAAGGGAGAGAAGAUAACGAAGAUGAGAAAGAUGCCGGGAUUGUUUACUACGGACCGAUUUCAUCUACAAUCAAGAAAGUAAAGCUGCUUUCGCUUUCGACCUGCUGCCUCUCGGUGUCGUUAGGUCCUGUCAUUACAUUCAUGACUUCUCCGGAUAUGAACGUGAUUCUGAAAGGUGCAGUGGCGUCCUCUGUGAUAUUCUUGAGUGCUACAACGACAGCUGCACUUCACUGGUUCGUCAGCCCUUACAUCCACAAGAUCCGGUGGCAACCCGGUUCAGACAGCUUUGAGGUGGAGAUGUUGUCUUGGUUAGCAACAUAUAUUCCACGAACCAUCAAGUUCGCCGACAUCCGUCUGCCCGAGACGAACAGACCAUUUGUGACAUUCAAGGCCAAUGACAACUUCUACUUCGUAGAUGCCGAGCACUGCCAUAACAAGGCUUUGUUGGCUAGACUCACACCCCAGAAAGCAGCUCAUGAUUCCGCUUUUAAGAACUUGUGAAUCGAUCGUCCAAAAGGUCGAGAAUGGGGGACUCGGGAGCUCGCGAAAGCUCUGUGGAUAAUAAGCCUGUUGAUUACAGAGAAACACAACAUUUUUCAUGGAGUUUAAUUGGAAUUUCGGUCUGUUGCUGCUUGCUAAGUUUGAUGUAGUGAAAGUUUUGUUUGCUUGAAA